UUCACAACUGUCGAGAUUCGCCUUCCAAGAUGACUUCCUCCCUCGCUUUGGUGCUUCUGUUCGGCGGCGCGGCAGUCUGCGCCGAACUCGCCCUUAGAGGGGGAUACCGCGAGAGGUCGAACCAGGAUGACCCAGAGUACCUGGAACUCGCCCACUACGCUACGUCCACUUGGUCCGCUCAGCAGCCCGGCAAGACUCACUUCGACACCGUAGUCGAAGUGCUGAAAGUCGAAACGCAGACGGUUGCUGGCACCAACUACAGACUGACGCUUAAGGUGGCCGAGUCCACCUGUGAACUCACGUCCACCUACAAUAAGGACACCUGCCAAGCCAAUGCAAAUGCGGCGCAGAGGACUUGCACGACUGUCAUUUACCGGAACCUGCAAGGAGAGAAGUCCAUUAGCUCCUUCGAGUGUGCGGCCGCAUAAAUGCCCAGCUGCCAUAUUUGAAUCUCACUGUACAUCGCGGAAUGAUUAAAUGGUCUUUGAAUCGUUC